AUGGCACUGCGAGUGGCCGUAGCCUCUGCUCUCCUCUUGGCCAUUGUUGACUGCUGGCAUGACCUUGACAACUCAGAGUAUGACUGCUGGCCAAUCACCGACCCCAAUGAGUACAACAUGAUAAGCUGUGGUGGUCUGGAGAUGGCCUGGAUCCAGCGUCCGCCCGAAAAGGUUACGGAGGGGGAGGAGUUUAAUGUGACCUACUCCGUAACGGCCGACGACUCUUUCUACGACUACGCCAUCAAGAACAAAAUCUUCCACUUCAGGUAUAUCAAUAAUGCCUCGGCGGCAAAGCGCUUCUGUCACGAGCACGAGUGUCCUGCCAACUGGAACAGCGCAGACGAGCACAACUGUUGUGUGUACCACGCCAACAUCCACUCCUGCCCCCUGGCUCUCAUGAGGCAAGGAGGCAUAUGUGGCCCCUGGAUCCCGGAUGAUGGAGAGAUAGUGACACACACGGUGUCCAAGGCGGGAAAAAUGACACAGCAGCUGUGGAGUUCAAAGGUGGUGUUGGUGCACCUGGGGGUGACGUCUCUGAUUGCCCAUAUUAAAGUGGGGCAGAUGCACGCGGCGCUGGAGUCUAAGGUCCGCGUCGUCAGCGCAGUAGUGUGUGGAGAUGAUGUGUGUGAGCUGGAGGAGACGUGUCUGAACUGCCCGGCUGACUGUGGUGUCUGUCCCAUGUCCAUGGGCAUCAAGGUGGCCAUUGGACUCCCAGUCGCCCUCUUCUGCACCGGAUUCAUCCUGACUAUCGUGUGGAUUCAAUACCAGAAGCAGAAGAUGUUCUGGGAUGAGAGCUGGAUCAUCAGUUACAACAACAUCAUGUUUGGUAAGGUGUGCUACAUGGGCUUCUGCAGCACCACCAGCCUGCAGCUGAUGAAGAGCCAGUCCAGCGUGAGUCGAGCCACCGACGUCACCAUGUGUCCUGCCAUCAACCCUGGCUUUAAACCAGGCUUCAUCCAGCCCGGCAUCUAUGAUGGUCGGACCGUAGCAGUGAAGCACAUCCAGAAGAAGCACUUUACCCUCACCAAGAGCAUCAGGAAGGAGGUGAAGGAGGUCCGGGAGCUGGACCACCCUAAUCUGUGUAAGUUCAUCGGUGGCUGCAUUGAGGUUCCGUUCGUCAGCAUCAUUACGGAAUACUGCCCCAAAGGAAGCCUCGCCGACGUUCUACUCAACGAGGACAUUCCCAUCAACUGGGGAUUCCGGUUGUCGUUCGCCACUGAUAUUGCUCGAGGCAUGGCCUACCUACAUCAGCACAAAACAUUUCAUGGACGACUUCACUCCAGGAACUGUGUCAUCGAUGACCGCUGGGUGUGCAAGAUCUCAGACUACAGCCUGGAGGCGUACAGGAGAGAGGAGUUUGAGUCCAUCAGUAAUGCGUUCCACUGUGACAGCCCCUGCAGGAUCUACUCGGCUCCUGAAGUCCUACUGGGCAGCACCUCCUCCCUCACCGCACCUGCCGACAUAUACAGCUACUCUAUUAUCUUAGUGGAAAUUGCCUCCCGCAGUGACCUCAUGACUGAGCAGACAGAGCUGCUCAAACUGGACGUGAUGUGGAGACCACAGCUGCCGGAGCUGAGGCCGGGCAAAGCAGACACCGACUGCCCUGACCAGACGGACUACUGUGAGCUGAUCAAGAGGUGCUGGGCCCACAGCUCUGCCAUGAGGCCCACCUUUGAGCAGGUGAAGAAGUUUCUGGACAAGAUGAACCCCCACAAAGUCAGCCCCGUCGACAUGAUGAUGAACCUGAUGGAGAAGUACAGUAAGCAUUUGGAGGCGAUUGUGGCCGAGCGCACACAGGAUCUCCUCCAAGAGAAGCAGAAGACGGACCGCUUACUCUACAGUAUGUUGCCAAAGCCAGUGGCUGAUGACCUGCGCCAGGGCCGCACAGCUGAGGCCCAAAGCUACUCUAACGCCACCGUCUACUUCAGUGACAUCGUGGGCUUCACGCAGCUCUCUGGCUCCAGCACCCCGCACCAGGUGGUCAACUUCCUCAACAAACUCUACACCACCUUCGAUGACAUCAUCGACAACUAUGACGUCUACAAGGUGGAGACCAUAGGAGAUGCCUACAUGGUGGUGUCGGGCGUGCCCAAGGAGAAUGGCAUCAACCAUGCAGGAGAGAUAGCCAGCAUGGCUCUGGACCUCAUCAGCGUGUGCCACGCCUUCAAGAUCCCCCAUAAGCCCACCACCCAGCUCAAGAUCAGGGCUGGCAUCCACUCAGGCCCUGUGGUUGCUGGUGUUGUGGGGACCAAGAUGCCGCGCUACUGUCUGUUCGGCGACACAGUCAACACGGCAUCCCGAAUGGAAUCCACCAGCGAAGCUCUGAAGAUCCAGGUUAGUGGCCCUACAGCGGACUUGCUCCACACCCUGAAGGGCUACGUGUUGGCCUGCAGGGGUCCGCUGCAUGUCAAGGGCAAAGGGGAGAUGACAACCUGGUGGCUGGAGGCCAAGCGAGACGUGUCUGACCCACUAGGGGCCAGUCGAGACUCUUACGGCUUCCCAGUGGCUGUCAGCAACUAACUCAUCAACAACAGAGUGUCCGCAAUGAACCAAUCACCAGAUAGUCUACAAGAAACAUAGAUGCAUCCAUGCAGAUGCUGGCUUAACACAUAGAAACAUGUUUUAGUGUUGAAUUGUGUGAUAGUAUAUUAGGAUAUAUAUAUAUAUAGGUCAUGUCGGCAAAACAUUGUCGAAUAGGCCUAAUAGACAUGCAGUCUGCAGUAGCCUGUAGCACAGGUCAUAGGCUGUAGCCUAACCUAUUUGGUUUACUUGCUGUGAUAUUUUGUUCAAUUAGGUCUAUGAUUGUUUCAGUGCUCUGUUACUCAACUGUGAAACAGAAUGUGGGCCUACCAAUGGCUCUUAUCUAUUUAGGCCCUAUAGAUUUUUCAGAAAUGUGAAAAGUGUUACCCAAAGAAUA